GCUUAAAGCCGGCUGCGAUGCCGGGAGCGCCCAGUCGGAUGCCGGGUCCAGGAUCCCGCUGGAGCGCUCCCAGGACUCUGCACCUGGUCACUUUCCUGCACUCCCACCUUGCGGGGCACGCCGCUCAGCGGCUGUCUGGACGCAGCAGGUCUGCUAUUUUCAUUAGCAGUUGCCAUUUAGAGGAACAUUGUAUUUUCCAGUUCAAGUAGGAGGCACAGUAACGUCAAGAAUGGAUUUUAAAAAAUGCACAACGUUUUUAGAGGAAAUGUCACAGUUAAUUCUGAGUCAAAUGCCAAGAGCUGAAUAUUCCAGUUUAUUCAAUGACUUUGUUGAAUCUGAGUUUUUCCUGAUUGAUGGAGACUCAUUACUCAUCACAUUUGUAUGUGAACAGUCAUUAAAGAAAGGGCAGAAUCUCCACUUCUUCUAUCUGGUUGAACACUACCUUUUGGAUCUCACUAGUAAAGGAGGACAAUUUUCCAUAGUUUUCUUCAAGGAUGCCGAGUGCGCGUACUUCAACUUCCCUGAACUUCUUCCUUUGAGAACUGCCCUAAUCCUUCAUCUUCAGAAUAACACCACCAUUGAUGUUCGAACUGAGUUUUCUGGGUGCUUAUCAGACGAGUGGCAAGUUUUUUUGGAAGAGAGUUACCCGUAUUUCCUGAUAGUUGCAGAUGAAGGCCUGAACCAUCUACAAACACAUCUUUUCAAUUUCUUAAUGAUUCAGACUUGGUCAUUGAAAGUCAAUGUUGUGCUUUUCUCAGGGCAAGAAUCUUAUAUCCUUCGACUUUAUGCCUACCUUAUGCUAAGCUUGUCUAAACUACGGGAAUUUUUCAAGCAGAAUGUAAAGACGAUCAAGAGUGCCUAUGAAAUCCUACUUAAACAAUGGGAAGAGUGCAGAGAUGUAGAAUUAGCAACAGUUUUUGGAGAUUUAAAAUGGGAAAAUAUGAUGGAAGAGGUGUGUGAGACUGCUUUUCUGCUUCAGCAAAUCUGGCCGGAAGGAGCUGACAUCCGGCGUGUCCUUUGUGUGACUUCAUGCGCGCUGACUUUGGAACUGUACCAUCGUCGUUUAGAAAACAGAAGGAAGAGCACAUCUGGUCAGAAAACUGACACCCAAGAGGUGGAAGGUCACUGUUUAAGCCUGCAGGAGACAGAAGAUUUGUGCAAACUGCAUUGCCUCAGUGUGGUGUUUCUUCUCCAUUUACCUCUUUCUCAAAGAGCUAGUGCUAGAUUCAUCACCUCCCCUUGGAUUCAGGAAAUUCAGACUUUCUUAAAAAUGAAAAGUUGGUGUGAAUACUUCAUCCUAAGUAACAUAAGCAUUUUUGAAUCUUGGAAUCUGGAUUUAAUUCACCUUUCUGACUUGAGUGAUGAGGCUUUGUUGAAGAACAUUGUUUUUUAUUAUGAAAAUGAAAAUGUACAAGGCCUGCAUUUGGAUUUGGGAGAAGGCAUUGCGAAGGAUUACGAACAUCUCUGGAAUGCAGUAUCGAAGCUGGUCACAGACUUUGAUGUUGGAAAGCCUUUUCCUCUGAGGACAACAAAACUUUGUUUUCUUAGGGAGACUCCAUCACCAAUCAAAGAUGGCUCUGAGGAAAAGAUGACUAAUUUGGGUUUUAUUCCGAUGUCAUCUGAUGUGGUUGAUAAGUUCGCUGGGGACAUUUUGAAAGAUUUGCCUUUCCUGAAAAGCGAUGAUCCUGUCGUUACUUCACUGGUUAAACAAAAGGAAUUUGAUGAACUGGUGCACUGGCACUCUCACAAGCCCCUCAGCGAUGAAUAUGACAGGACAAAGGGCCAGUUUGACGAAAACUCUAGAGACCCACGUGUACUAAGAUCUGUGCAAAAAUAUCAUGUUUUUCAACGGUUUUAUGGAAAUUCAUUAGAAUCUGUCUCUUCAAAACUCAUCGUAACUGAAGCUACUAAGCCAAAGAAGAAUUUUGGUGAACCCAAGAACAAAAAGGUACAUGAGACUAAAGCUGAAAUAAUUACUAGAGAGAAUAAGAAGAGGUUAUUUGCCAAGGAAGAACAGAAAGAAGAACAAAAAUGGAAUGCUCUGUCAUUCUCUAUUGAAGAGGAAAUGAAAGAGAACCUAAUCUCUGGAAUAAAGAACCUCGAAGAUUUUUUGAAAUCAUGUAAAAGUAACUCGGUGAAAUUUCGAGUUGAAAUCGCAGGGCUGACUGCCUGCUUCACAGCAUGGAAAGAGCAUUGCCGAGGUGAAGGAAAAACCACAAAAGACUUAAGUAUAGCUGUUCAAAUGAUGAAAAGGAUCCACUCCUUGAUGGAAAAAUAUCCAGAACUUUUGCAAGAACCAGAUCAGCAACUCAUAGCCAGAUGUCUUCACUAUUUGGGAUUUCAUGAGUUGGCCAGUUCUUUAUGUCCAACCCAGGCUAUAGGAGAUGAAACAAAGAUGAAAAUGACUAAGUAUUCAGUUGGCCUUGGACCAGCACGGUUUCAACUGCAGUACAUGGGGCAUUAUUUGAUCCGGGAGGAGAGAAAGGACCCGGACCCCAGGGUCCAGGAUUUUAUUCCUGACACAUGGCAGCGAGAGCUCCUGGAUGUAGUGGACAACCAUGAGUCGGCAGUGAUCGUGGCCCCGACGUCCUCGGGCAAAACCUACGCCUCCUACUACUGCAUGGAGAAAGUGUUGAAGGAGAGCAAUGAAGGGGUGGUCGUGUACGUGGCGCCAACAAAGGCCCUUGUUAAUCAAGUAGCAGCAACUGUUCAGAAUCGUUAUGCCAAAAUGCUGCCAAAUGGGGAGGCUCUGUGUGGUGUUUUUACAAGGGAUUAUCGUCACGAUGCCCUGAACUGUCAGGUACUUAUUACAGUGCCUGCCUGCUUUGAAAUUCUGCUGCUGGCUCCUCAUCGUCAACAAUGGGUGAAAAAGAUCAGAUAUGUUAUAUUUGAUGAGGUCCAUUGUCUUGGUGGAGAAAUUGGAGCAGAAAUCUGGGAGCAUCUCCUUGUCAUGAUCAGAUGUCCUUUUCUGGCCCUUUCUGCUACCAUAAGUAACCCUGAACAUCUCACUGCGUGGCUGCAGUCAGUGAAACAGUACUGGAGACAAGAAGAUGCUUUAAUAGAAAAAAAAAUUGCUUCUAAAAAGAAUCAUGCCAGUCGUACCAAUUUCCCCAAAUAUUACUUUCGAAUAAGACAGUCGUAUAAAGUUAGACUUGUGCUCUAUGGAGAGAGAUACAAUGAUUUAGAGAAGUACAUAUGCUCAGUAAACGGGGAUGACAUCUACUUUGAACAUUUUCACCCAUGUGCUGCACUAACAACAGAUCAUAUCGAACACUACGGAUUCCCGUCUGAUCUUUCCCUUUCACCUCGAGAGAGCGUCCAACUUUAUGACACCAUGUUUCAAAUCUGGGACAGUUGGCCCCGGGCUCAGGAACUGUGUCCAGAGAACUUCAUUCAUUUUAAGAAUAAAUUAGUCAUUAAGAAGUUGGAUGCUAGAAAAUAUGAAGAGAGCUUAAAGGCAGAGUUAAGGAACUGGAUUACAGAUGGCCACGUACAGCAGGCCAAAAUGGUACUGAAACAUCUUAGUCCUGAUUCAGAUGUUAGUACAGGAAACAUGACAAGAAUGUUCCCACUUCUUGUGGAAAAGCUAAGGGAAAUGGAGAAGUUGCCAGCACUGUUUUUCAUAUUCAGCUUAGAAGCUGUGGAAGACAGAGCUAAAAGUGUGAAGGAAUUCCUGGAGGAUAAACAAGAGAAAAGACGACCUCCCAAAGCUGAUAAGGAAGCCCAAGACAUGGCUAAUAAACUUCGAAAAGUAAAAAAAUCCAUAGAGAAACAGAAGAUGCUAGAUGAAAAAGGUCAGAAGAACAGAACUACAGACCAAAGCCUAAUACGUGAAGCUGAACAUGACAGUCUCCUGAGGAGUCUGGAGAAGAACAUGGAGACCCCCCAGGACUGCACAUACGCUGAUCGGAAAGUGAUAGACGCUGAGACUUUGCAGAUGGUGUUUGACCGAGUAAAAUUUCAAAGAAAAGGCCGCGAACUGAAAGAUUUGGCAGAAAGAGGUAUUGGAUAUCAUCACAGCUCCAUGGGCGCCAAGGAAAAACAGUUAGUUGAAAUUCUCUUUAGGAAAGGAUUUAUUAGGGUGGUGACAGCUACUGGAACACUUGCUUUGGGAAUCAACAUGCCUUGUAAAUCUGUGGUUUUUGCUCAAAACUCCAUCUAUCUGGAUGCUUUAAAUUACAGACAGAUGUCUGGUCGGGCUGGAAGACGAGGCCAGGACCAUCUAGGAGAUGUGUAUUUCUUUAAUAUUCCAUUGCCCAAAAUAGAAAAACUCAUAAAAUCCAAAGUUCCUGAACUGCGAGGACAGUUCCCUUUCAGCAUCACCUUGAUCCUGCGACUCAUGCUGUUGGUUUCCAGGGGAGAUGACCCAGAGGACGCCAAGGCCAAGGUGCUGUCUGUGCUCAAGCAUUCACUGCUGUCCUUCAAACAACCCAGAGUCAUGGAGAUGCUAAAACUUUACUUCUUGUUUUCUUUGCAAUUCCUGAUGAAAGAGGGCUAUAUAGAUCAAGAAGGUAACCCAAUGGGUUUUGCUGGACUUGUAUCACAUUUGCAUUAUCAUGAGCCUUCUAAUCUCGUUUUUGUCUAUUUUCUUGUAAGAGGACUUUUCCAUAAUCUUUGCCAGCCUACCACGAAAGGCUCAAAGCAUUUUUCCCAAGAUACUAUGGAAAAGUUAUUAUUGGUAUUGGCAAAUCUGUUUGGAAGAAGGUAUCUUCCAGCAAAGUUCCAAGAUACUACCUUAAAGUUUUAUCAGUCAAAGGUAUUCCUUGAUGAUCUUCCUGAAGAUUUCAGUGCUGCUUUAAAUGAAUAUAACAUGAAUGUUACAAAGGACUUUGCCUCUUUCCUACAAAUCGUUUCCAAAUUGGCUGAUAUGAAACAGGAAUAUGAACUUCCAUUAUCAAAAAUUGAAUUCACAGGUAAAGAAUGUGAAGGCUCUCAACUUGUGUCUCACUUGAUGAACUGCAAGGAAGCAAGAGUAGCCGUUUCGCCAUUUGCUUGUCUGUCUGGAAAUUUUGAUAGUGAUUUACUUCAACCAGGAAUUUCAGAUCAUCUUACUCUGCGCACAAUUGGUAUCAAUCACACUCAAGCUCCUGUGCUGUGGCUGCAGAAAUUUGAUAACCAAGGAAGAAGGAUUCCACUUGAUGCUUAUGCACUUGAUUUCUACAAACAUGGUUCCUUGAUGGGAUUGGUCCAGGACAACAGGCUAAAUGCAGGGAUGGCCUAAGAGUAAUGAGUGCUUUGUAGGGGAUCCUGCUAUGGUGAAUUGCAAAUAAGAGCUUUGACUGCCCUUGUAAGAAGUUUGACCUUCAAGCAGUAGGUAAUGGGCUGUCAUCAAGAGUCUUUAAGCAGGGACACCACGACUGGAGCUCACGAAAACAUUUAACUGGCAGAAGUGGACAGGCCCAAAUGGGGAAGGAAUACCUAGGAGGCCGUGAGAUGGCCAGUUUGGUGUCAUAAAGAAAUUGUGCAGAAGAGCAGUGACUAAAGAGAAAGGUAUAGGACACUGGCACAGAAUGAAUGGGGCUGGACUGAUGCAAGUGGAAUCAAGAAUGGUGUGGGGGUGUGGGACUGGGACAAGCUAAGAAUGGGCUGUCCGAGGGGGCGGAAGACCUGGCUGAGAGACCCUACAGAUGGCAGCAGGGAACAUACUUCCUCUCUAAAUCCAAGGAUCUCUCCCAAGUCAUUCCUGGGCCUGCUCAGCAGUGGAGGGCUCCCUCUUUGGUGCCUCUCACUUCGUUUCUCUGCCCUCCUUCAGGUCGCCUGUCUUCAUGACUCCCUUCUCUGACCUCCCAUCGGUUUCAGCUCCUUUGUGGGCCAGCGAAGUAUUGUUACUUAAAAAGUUUCUGAUGUGAGGCCUCCCAUCUCUGCAUGCCCCCUUGGUGCAAAUCUGCCCUUCUUUGGGGGCAGGUAUGGGGAAGUAGCACCCCAACUCUUCUGAACUCCAGACAUCAGUGGUCAGUGGUCUGCUAGAGAUUUCUGAUCUCAAAGUGUCCCCACUCUCAAGAGUUGCUUGUGGAGGUUUGCCAUGUUACUCAGUCACCCUCUUCAAGGGCUCCCCCUUGCUUAUUGAACUUAAUAGGCUCCCUAUAUACAGUAGUACCUAAUUUAGCUUCAUGUGUAAGGGAAUAGAAACAACAGGACAGCAGGAUGGAUGGAUAAAACUCUUAGGUCUUAGUCUCCUAAACAUGGCAUUGCUCUUGUGGCCAUUGGUGAGUGGACCAGUAUUUGACAAUCCUCCUCUCUCUCCCCCUCCCCCACGCUCCUCUCUCCUUCCCUAACUCCCUCCCUCUCCCAUCACUCUACCUUUCAAAUAAGUAAGUAAGUAAGAUUUUAAAAAUCCCUCUCUUUUGUUUGUGUAGUUAUUCCUGAUUCUCAUAUGGGAUGUAAUAUCCCUUUGUCACUAAUUGGCGUGCAGCCUGCUGGGGCUGACCCCACUUGGCUGUUUUGCUCUCUUCUGCCCAGAAUGUUUACCCAGGAAGAGCAUAGACUAUAAUUUUUUCACUCUUCUUUUCUCCAAAGCACUCCAGCCUAUAUAAUUGCAGCAAUCACCAUUAAUUGUAUGUAAUUGUAUUCUGAAGUCCUGUUGAGUUUGAAGCACUGUGGGACAUCCCAGAGGAAACACCUCAGGGGAAAUACAGUGUUAGUGCUUUGGAGAAAGGCUGGACCUGGAGCUCAGGAUUAGGCAGUCUUUUAUAGGGCGUAAUGGCCAAAGCCAUGGGCACAGAGAAGAGUCCCAAGAGAGAAAAAGAGCUUCUUGGAAAGCUUACAUUUAAUAAUGAAGACAAGAACGAGGAGAUGCUAGAGGGGUCAGCUUUUAUCAAGAAAGUGAGGCUGUGAUGACGGCGAGGCAGUCAUGGAUUCUAUGAUCUUAGUUAAGUAAAGCAACUAAAGCCAUUUUGGAGAAGGUCCAGAGUGUGUCUUCUCACUCUGUCUUCUCUAUGCCUGGUUUACUUUCUUGCCUCUUCAGAUUCCCCUCUAAAUCCCACCAAGUUCAGCUGCUUCCUCCACUUCCCAUACUCACACACCACCAUUUCUAGUGUAUCUGACAUAAUAUUUCAAAACCUACCUAAUCAGACAGGUACUCAAAUCGUAAGCUUGUCCAUGGAAGUGGCAAGCUAGAAAACAAGCUAGAUCUUCUCAAGAAGUUAAAUGAUUGAUGGAAUAUCUGUACUAUUCCGGUAUUUGCAGGAAGGAGGGAAGUUUCUUUAAGCCUUCUCAUCCAGAUACUGUAAAGUCUGGACUAACGAAUACACGAGUCAAAUUCAAGAGUGCUUCCAAGCUUCCCGUUUCUCAAAGGCAACCUCAGCUGGGGGAACAUGUGAAGGCGCGGGUGUGGAAUAACACUUUAGAACUCCAGAUUCUGGUGGACAUGGCUUCUUUAAGAGCUCUUCAUUCAUGCUCUUUCUAACUCACAGAAGUCAUGGUAUUUGCAUGGAAAGUGAGAUCUCAUCAGCCCUGCGGAGAAGACUCGUGUGCCUCCUUAGAGGGACAGAGAACCCAGCCCAUGUCUGCUGACAUGGGAAACUCCUCUGUGAGAACAAGAAAUGUCUAAAUCAAGGUGAUAACUCGGCCAUGAAUCCCUGCUGUUCUCCAGGACUCUCAUGGUUGGAAGGGCUUACUGGGGAGCAGCAGGCUACUGCAACCUCACGAAGCCCAGAGCUGGAGAAAGAGGGCUUGUGGGCACUAGGUUCUCCAUUUUUGUCUCUGGUCUGUGUGGUGGCUGCUUUAAGGGAAGAAGUGAUUUAAAUAAAAAAGAGAAAUUGAGAGUGGGGCUGGUGGUGUUAUCAGCAGAUGAGUUUGUGGAAGUAGAUUCUGGCUCUUUGCUGAAUACAGAAAUUAGUUUCUUGCUGGAUUCUGUCAGCUUGGGUUGACAGGUGACAAAUAUGUAUCCUGAGAUUUGUAUUUUGAGCCUAAUGCAAACACUUGAGUGAAAUAUUCCCAUGUAUCCUCCCUCUUUCCCUGAUGUAUCUGUGUACAGUUUGGGAGUAAAAUGAUGCUCUAGUUCUAGCAGAAUUACUGAGGGCAUCCAUAAUGCCUUCUCUUUUUAGCUCUACACUACAUGAAGUUUUAAUGGUGCUGCUUCAGUAAGUACACUUAACGUCAAGAAUCCUUCACUCCAACAAGAAAGCCGCAGGGCUGAAGGCUUCAAAGGCCUUGGUCCCAGACUAAAGAGACACCAUCAGCCUGGAAACUGGUAACAUCUGAGUGUUGGGAAGUUCCUUUGGUUCUUAUUCUGUAGUGCUUCUGGUGAUCUUAUCCAUGACCUAGUGCAUAUCCAUAACUAUGGAACUCUAUGGGCUAUUCACAAUCUUUACAUGGGUUCAGGAUCCGAGGGCAAGUGGUCAUACGUGAUUCCCACAUUUCCCUCAGGCUCAUGGUGAUUGACAUUGGACUGUCCCUUUAAGUUCCUGCUUUCUCAUAGGAACUAUUGAACAGCGUGGGGCUCUGCUGGCCUGAUUGGUUCCAAGCCUUGCCAAUCAGAACUUGCCUCACCAGUGUUUCUGUUUACCAGCUUCCUCCUACCUGAUCCAUAAAAACUUUCCCCAGGCCCCUGAUCAGGAAGUCUGAUUUGAGCGUUACUCCUGUUUCCUUACUUGGCUGCCUUGUAGAAACCUUUCUCUGCUUCAGAGAUUGGCUUGCUGAUGCCUGCAUGCAGUGGGACUCGCCCUUGAUUUCAGGAGGAAUGACAUGAGUGAAAUCUGGGGAAAUGACACACCAAGGGGGUCAUGAUGAAUGGAAUUGAGAGACAGGCAUUCUUAGAAGAGGAGCCGGGAGAAACGAAUGUUCUAGAAGGAAGGAUUGAGCCAAACCCUGAGCCUAUUAGUCAUACCGGUAGGGAAACUUCCUUCACAAAGAAUGGACAUAAGGUUCUAAGGCUUCUGUUCCAAUGAGCUAUGGUCACGAAGAGCUCUCAUUCAAGAAAUGGUCUUAGAUUCUUACUGCCUGCUGUAGCUGAUUCAGCUUCCUCUUUUGAAGAGAUUGUGUUUUGCUAAUUUUGACAUAGAUGGAAAUCUUUGUUUAUUAAUGCUGUCUUGGAUUUCCACCUCCUCUGUGUUUAAGAUCUAAAAGCCGAAUUUGAGAAGUUUACAAUUACCUUAUAGUGAAUUCCAAUGCAAGGAUCAUUCUUCUUGUUUAUGCAGUGAAGUAAUUUAUUUGCUCUGGUCCAUUUUAACCACUGAGUAUAUAAAGAGUGGGUCCGUAUGUCUGGGGGCCUGGGUGUUCACCCUAGAGGUCACUGGUUGGUGACCUUGGGUGACCUUGAGUGUGUCUAUAGUUUCCUUAUCUGAAAAAUGAAAGGGUUGGCCAGCUGAUGUGUAAUAGCUAUUUCAGCUGCAAUGACCUAUAAUGUCCAUAUAAUAAGGCUCCAUCCAGUCUCUAAGUCUAUAAUUUAAAUAUGAUUAUAUGUUUUUUAUGUGAGAUUAGAAGGAAAAUUUCCCAGGCCUUUUAGCUUACCUACUACAAAGAAUCAUUCAUUAUCAUUUUACUUUGCUAUUUUCUCACUUCCUAAAGUAUUCCUCAAAUAAAAUAGGAAAACCCAGGAACUUGGUAUAGGAAAAUAAUGGAUACAGAUAUUUCUUUUUUUUAAAGAUUAUUUUAUUUAUUUAACAGGUAGAGUUACAGACAGUGAGAGGGAGAGACAGAGAGAAAAGUCUUCCUUCCGUUGGUUCACCCCCCAAAUGGCUGCUAUGGCUGGAGCUACGCCGAUCUGAAGCCAGGAGCCAGGUGCUUCUUCCUGGUCUCCCACACGAGUGCAGGGGCCAAGCACUUGGGCCAUCCUCUACUACCUUCCAGCAGAGAGCUGGACUGGAAGAGGAGCAGCUGGGACUAGAACUCGGCACCCAUAUGGGAUUCCGGUGCUGCAGGCAGAGGAUUAGCCAAGUGAGCCGUGGCGCCGGCCCCAUGGAUACAGAUAUUUCAUAUCCUUCUAUUAAUUGCUACAUUUCUGCACAACUGAAAUUAAAUAUUUUAUUUGCCUAUAUGUUUAUCUAUGCUCUGAGUAGGGAUGCUCAGUCACUGUUGAACUUCAAGCCCCACAGCAGAGUGUAUGAAAUAGAAUUGGUCAUACUGAGGGCCUGUAGCUUGGGAAAUGUGAUACCUUUAUUUUCACAUAGGCCAUUACUACUAAAAGGCAUACUUUCAUUUUUCCAUGGCAUUUUUUAUUAUAGAGUCUAUAUGUCUAAUUUUGAAAGACAUAGACUUUAUUUUUGAAGGCAGUUUUGGGUUCAUGGCAAUAUUGAAGGAAAGGUACAGAGAUUUUCUUGCAUACUCUCUGCCCCUACAUAUGCACAAUCUGCCCCCUUAUCAGCAUCCCCAACCUGGGCAACACAUUUGCUACAAUUGAUGAACACACACUGACAUCAUUACCACCCGGAGUCCACAGAUAACAUUAUGGUUCAUGUUUGGGGCUCUACAUUUUAUAGUGACAUGUAUCCAAUAUUACAGUACCAUAUGGAGGGCUUUACACUGGCCUAAUAAUCCUGAGAUCUGUCUGGUAUUCCCUCUUUCCCAAGCCCUGACAAUCAGCCAUCAUGUUCCUGUCUCCACAGUUUCAUCUUUUCCAGAAUGUCAUAGAACUGGAAUCAUACAGUAUGUAUCCUUUUCAGAUUGGCUUCUUUCAUUUAGUAACACAUGUUGAAGAUUCCUCCCUGUCUUUCAUGGCUUGAUGGCUCAUUUAUUCUUUUUAAAGAUUUAUUUAUCUGAAAGGCAGAGUUACAGGGAGGCAGAGAGAGAGAGGGAGAGAGGGAGGGAGAGGGAGAGGGAGAGGGAGAGAGAGAUCUCCCAUCCACUGGUUCGCUCCCAAGUGGCUGCAAGAUCGGCUGGAGCUGGGCUGAUCUAAAGUCAAGAGCCAGGAGCUUCUUCUGGGUCUCCCACACAGGUCAGGGGCCCAAGGACUUGGGCCAUCUUCUACUGCUUUCCCAGGCCAUGGCAGAGAGCUGGAUCAGAAGUGGAGAACUUGAACUGACGGAACUUGAACUGGCCGCCCACGUGAGAUGCCAGCACUACAGGUGGCGGCUUUACCCGCUAAACCACAGCACCGGCCCCCUCAUUUAUUUUUAACACUGAAUAAUAUCCCAUUAUCUGGAGGUACCACUGUUGAUUUAUCCUGUCACUGAAGGACACAUUGGUGGCUUCCAGGUUUUGGUGAAUAUAAAUAAAACUGAUAUAAGCUGUGUGCAGGUCUUAGUGUGUUUUCAACAUCUUUGACUAAACACAAGGAAUGCAGUUGCUGGAUCUGAUGGUGACAGUGUGUUUAGUUUUGUAAGAAACUUUCAAACUGUCUUCCACAGUACCUGUGCCGUUUUUCUUUAGUUCCUGUUGCUUCCUAUCCUCAUCAGCAUUUGCUGCUGUCAGGAUUCUGGAUAUUGACUUUUCUGAUAGGUGUGUAGUGGUUUGCUCAUUUGCAUUUCCCUGAUGACCCAUUGAUGACUUUUUCAUAUGCUUCUUUGCCAUUUGUAUAUCUUCCUGAUGAGAUGUCUGCUAAGGGCUUUAGUCCAUUUAAAAAUUGAGUUGUUUCCAUAUUUUUCAGUUCUAAUGGUUCUUUGUUUUGGUUAACAGUCCUCUAUCAGAUAUAUUUUUGCAAAUAUUUUCUCGCAUUGUGAGGCUUCUCUUUUCAUUCUUUUUACAAUGACUUUCAAAAAAAUUAAUUUUAAUGAAGUCUAGUUUGUCUUUUCCUGGAUCAUGUCUUUGGUGUUGUGUUUAAAAGAUCAGUACCAAACUAGUCUCAACUUUCUCCUAUGUUCACUGCUGGGUGUUUUAUAGUUUUGCAUAUUGCAUUUAGGUCUGUCAUCCAUUUUUGUGAAGGACGUGAGACCUGUGUGUAGAUGCAUUUUUUAAACUGUGGAUGUCCGGUUGGUGCAGCACUGUUUGGUGAGAGGACUCUUACCCCUCAUUAUAUUCUUUGUUGUGUUGUCAAAUAUCAUUCGCCUACAGUUAGCGUGGGCUCAGUUCUGUUCGAGCUGUCUGUUCUCUCACCAGUCCCACACUCUCUUCAUGGUUGUUGUUUUAUAGUAAGCUUGAGAUCAAGAAGUGUCAGUUCUUUGGCUUUGUUCUUUUUCUUCACAUUGAAUUGACUGUUCUGUAUUUUUUGCCUCUUCAUAUAGACUUCAGAAUCAGUUUUUUGAUAUCAACAAAGUAAGACAGUGGAAUUUAAGCAUUUUUUGUUGUUUUAUUUUUGUUUUUUGAAAGGCAAAGUGGCAGAGAGAGAGAGAGAGAGAGAGAGAGAUCUUGCAUCCACUGGCUCACUUCUCUAUUGCCCACAACAACCAGGGCUGGGCCAGGCUGAAAUCAGGAGCCCGGAACUCCAUCUGGGUCCCCAACAUGGGUGGUCAGGGACCCAAGUAUUUGAGCCAUCACCUGCUGCACCCCCACGGUGUGUAUUAUCAGGAAGCUGAAUUGGAAGCAGAGGUGAGACUCGAAUCCCAGCACUCCUGUAAUGGAAGCAAGCAUCCCAAGCAGUGGCUUUAACUGAUGUACCACAACACUUGCCCAACUCACUGGGAUUUUUAUUGUAGUUGAAUUGAAUAUAUAGAUCAGAUUAGGAAGAACUGACAUCUUAAUAAUAUUAAAUUUUCCUAUCCAUUAACAUGGAAUAGCUUUCCACUUAUUUAGUUCUUUUUUUUUUUAUUGCUUUAAUCAGAGCUUCAUAGUUAUCCUCCUAUAAACCUUACAUUUAUGCCUAAGUAUUUCACUCUUUGGGGUGCUGUUAUAAAUGGUAUUGUGUUUUUUAAUUUCUACUUGUUUGUUGCUGGUUUAUGGAAGAUGAGUGGCCUUUUUUUGAUGUUUGCAUAUUCAAUGUAUAUCCUGCAACCUUGGUAUAAUCACUUAUUUCCAAGAGGUUUUAUUUUUGUGGGAUCAGUUCUUUUGGCUUUUCUACAUAGACAUCAUCUGUGAACAAAAACAGUUUGUCUUUCUUUCUAAUCCGAAUAACUUUUAUUUCCUUCUUUAAAAAUCUCAUUGCAUUAGUAGGACUUCCAACAAUGUUGAAAAGGAGUGAUGAGAGGAGACAUCAUGGCCUUGUUCCUGCUCUUACUG